AUGUCGUACGACUUCAAAUCUACCGGUGUCUCUUCUCGCAAAGAGCCCUUUUUUAAGAAAAAGAGGACCAUUAUCAGCGUAAUCCUUGCAUUGUGCUUUGGAGCAGCUGUUAGUAUGUCGCAUUUGGCCGAAAACAAUUAUGUACGCCGCGAAACAAACUACUGUGGAAAAAUCGAUGCAAUUACACCGGCAUUCGACAACUCUGUAAGAGCUAUUUUUGAAGACCCUCAGUUCAAGGAACAAUCUAUCAAAAAACUCAGUGGCGCUCUUCAGAUACCAACAGAGGUUUAUGACGAUAAUCCAAGCCCACAUGACGACCUGGAGUACUAUGAGGAAUUCUUCAAACUCCAUGAUUAUCUUUCUGAGACUUUUCCUCUGACCUACCGGCACCUAAAAGUUGAAAAGGUUAACCUAGUUAACCUUGUAUACACAUGGGAAGGCAAAAAUUCGUUGUUGAAACCUAUGCUUUACAGCGCAUCAGGACGUAGUCCCAGUCGAGAGAGAAACCAUUUCAAAAUGGAAGUUCCCGCCCUUUUCAGGCCAUUACGAUAAAGAGACCGACACUGUUUGGGGAAGAGGAGCGCUUGACUGUAAGACAAUGCUGAUUGCAGAAUUGGAGGCAGUCGAACAACUAUUGAAAGACGGCUUUGUUCCCGAGAGAACAGUCAUUAUUGCAUUCGGAUUCGAUGAAGAAACAGCAGGUCUUCAAGGAGCUCGCACUCUGGCUCCAUUCUUUGAAGAACGCUACGGUAAAAAUGGAAUCUACUCCAUAGUCGAUGAAGGCGCGAUGGUUCAAGAAAUUGACGAAAACGUCUUCAUUGCUGCACCAAUAGUACAAGAGAAGGGAUACGUCGAUGUCCAAUUUACAGUGAGUGGUGUUGGAGGACAUUCUUCGAUUCCUCCAAAGCACACAACAAUUGGAGUAGCAUCAGAUAUUGUUCUAACACUAGAGAACAACCCCUUCUUGUUUGACAUGGGUCUAGAUAGCGCGUUCUAUGGAUACUUGACCUGUGUGGCUGAGCAUGAUAGCAAGUUCCCUUCAGAGUUCAGAGAUGCUGUCUUAGAUGCUCCCUACGACGACAAACAAAGAAAGAAGAUGAUCGAGUUUACAUCUCAGGUUCCCUCAAUGAGAGAGCUGAUGAGAACUUCUCAAGCAGUAGAUGUAUUCCAUGGGGGUAUCAAAGCCAACGCCCUUCCAGAAAUGACUAAGUUUCUGGUUAAUCACAGAAUAGAUUUAAAAUCCUCUGUGGAUGAGACAUUCGAAAGAGAUGCUAAAAUAGCCAAGCAAAUUGCCGAGAAAUAUGGAUAUGGGUUUUUCGCUGGCGACAGGGAAGAAAUAGCUCCGACAGAAUUAGGCUACAUCAAAAUUGAAGCCCUCAAAGGUUUGAACCCAUCACCUUAUUCACCAACAGAGGGCUCUCCUGUUUGGGAUAUUUUUACCGGUACCAUUCAAAAUGUUUACGAAAAUGGUGUUUUCAAGCACACUCCAGAAAAUGAACUUUAUAUCACUACGAACACAAUAUCUGCAAACAGCGACACAAAGUAUUACUGGAAUCUAACAGAAAACAUUUACAGAUUCUUUGGUAAUAUCCAGCCCCCUCAAAUGUGGGGAGUUGUCCAUUCGGUGGAUGAACACAUUCCAGUGUCUGCCCAUCUCACAACAGUGGCUUUCAUCUACGAAUAUAUUGUUAACGUUAAUGAAAAAGCGGCGACAGAUUCUUUUCCUUGA